ACGCACAGGAAGCAGAAGAACGGCCAUUACCAAUCUUGCUGGACUGACAUGGAUAUAAAGUGUUCUCCAGGAAGUGCGCAUUUUCCAACAAACUCAUCUGCUACACGAUUUUAAGAUGACACCCAUUGGAAAGCUCUACGGACACCCUCGCCAGCCUCAGACGAAAGUUAUUCUGAGCACUGGAAUUAUCUCAGGCCUCGAGAUUGAUCUACUGCCAUUCGAGUUCGGCGUCACGAACAAGUCACCCGAGUUCUCCCAGAAGUUCCCUCUCGCCAAAAUCCCUGCCUUCGAAGAUAACGAAGGAUUCAAGCUGACCGAGGGUACAGCCAUCGCUCGUUACGUGAGCUCGCUCGUUUCUGACGCCAGCCUUCUUGGUCGCAAUGCGAAGGAAAGCGCCCAGAUAGACCAAUGGGUCCACUUUGCAGAGACUGAAAUCCUAAUCCCUUCAAACAACAUAUACACCGGCAUUGUCAUGAAGUACCUACCGGGAUUCAGUGAAGAGCAACAUAAACACUACCAGAAAGGCGUUGAACGUUCGCUCAAGUUCCUAGAAGACCACCUGUCUUCACGUCCUUCUAGCUUAGUGGUGAACGACGGUUUAACACUUGCAGAUAUCACCCUCGCCGCAGCCGUGCAGCGUGCAGGCCAGACAGUCUGUGGUGUUAAAGAGCGUGAACAAGUUUAUCCCCGCGUAUUCGCUCACUUUGCGAAAGUAAUCAAUGACGAGAGGAUCAAGCAUGUGUUUGGAGAGCCUGGAUUCGUCAAUGAGCCUCUUGCUUUCAGAGCCGAGUGAUUGGCUCUGUGCUUAGAUAGAAUAUUAACGAAGAUGGAGAUAAAUCUUGUGUAUUUCCACUGCUAUGCAGACGGACAUCAUUGUGGAGAUAGUUUAGUCUUCUGUCGAGAGAAGUGCCGGUAUGCGGAAAGGUAGAUUUUUUGUGAUCCAUCUAAUAAGGCCCACUGAAAAGGUUGAUGGUUAUCCAUUGUCUGGUUAUGGAUAAUAAUUUGCUGUCACGUAUUUCUAAAUGUCCGAUUGGGUUUC